GGGGAGAGAACUUUCUCCACUUUAUUUAUUUAGGAGCCAGCAUGUUACUCUUAGAAAAGGCUCUUCAAGCGGGCACUUGAAUCCCCCUCUUUAAGGCCUUUCUCUCUCCCACUCCUACGCACGCUGUUGCCAUACUAGCUAAGCGCUGGGCACUGAUUACCUGGAGGCAGGUCGUCCCCCGGAGGGCUCUGCUGUGACAUUGCGUCCUCGCUCCCGCGGGUGCGGAAAGCAGGCUGUGGACAAGACGGGCAGCCAUCCCUUCCGGCUCCCCCGCGGGUUUACGGCCCCUUGCGCGAUACCUGCCGCCGCGCGGCUGUCACAGCUCGGUGCGGGGAUGACAAGCGCGUGGCUGGGCUUUGCAGAGCGCAGCUGGCGUAGUGGCAGCUAAUCCCUGUUUUCACGCCUUCGGUUCUGUGCCGAUUGCCGUUAGUUUCAGCUGUGCUUAAGGAGAAAUGCCAUCUCUCUGUGCCCGCAGUCGCGCGAGCCCUUCAGGGUGCUGCUGACUCCCUCGAGCCGGGUGAGAGGCACUGAAAUGGGGUAGGCCGGAUGCGCGGCUGAUGUAAAUCACAGCAGGUCUGCGGGCUUCAGCUGGGGGCUCUGCUGCCUAACCCCUGUUAGCGAUCUGUCCCUACCAGAGCUGAUCUCGGUUCUCGGCGGUUAAGGAACUUUUGAGGAGACUGCUCUGGAGGAGACCUCGGGGAUGCCACUGAAGGAGCUGCUUCGUCUGUAACUGCCAGCUGGCUGGUGGAUCUGCUUCAGGGAAACCUCAUCCCUCCAGAGGCGCUACCUUAGAUCCCACCACCUGGAGAAGCAGGCUGCAGUUUCUGACAUGGAUUUGCUCUUGAUCUGCCCCUUUCUGUUUACACUGGUGUUGUCCAAAGGCAGCUUUGCAGACCUGGAAAAACAGAGGGUGGACUCUGGCUUGGAAAUCUAUAAGAAGCUAUUUGAGGUGAAGCGCAAGGACCAGAUGAAUGCACUGAAGAACCUUAUCGAGCUCAAUGACGUGAACCAGCAGUACAAGAUCAUUGACAUCAUGCUCAAGGGACUCUUCAAGGUGCUGGAGGACUCCCGGGCUGUACUAAUAGCUGCAGAUGUGCCACCAGAUGGGCCUUUUCCUCAGGAUGAGAAGCUUAAGGAUGCGUACUCCCACGUGGUGGAGAACACGGCCUUCUUUGGAGAUGUCGUCCUGCGCUUCCCCAAGAUCGUGCACCACUACUUCGACCGCAACUCCAACUGGAACAACCUCAUCCGCUGGGGGAUUGGUUUCUGCAACCUGACGGGGGUGUUUGAGCAGGGACCCCACUCCCAGGUCCUGCGGCUGAUGGCUCAGGAGCUGGGAAUCAGCGAGAAAUCUCCCGAUUACCGCAAUCCCUUUAAAACCGACCACUCUGAGUUCUUCCCCAGCGCAGACACCUUCCAGAAGGCGCUGCGGGAAGAGGAGAAGCGGCGGAAGAAGGAGGAGAAGCGGAAGGAAAUCCGCAAGGGCCCGCGGAUCUCGCGCUCGCAGUCCGACUUGUAGCGCGGGGGACCCCGCCGGCCGCCCGGCCGGAGCUGCGCCGCCGGGCGGCGGACCGGCUCAGCCCGGCCGGUGCCCGGCCUUUCGCUUUCCAUUCGUGCAGCGGGUUUUGUUUUGUUGCGUUUCCCUUUCGCUGGACGGGCGACGGCCGGGGGUCUUUCGGCACGGUGCCCCUGGGGAAGCUCUGGGGGGAUGGGGGGGACGUACCUGCACGGCAGCCCGGCGCUUGGCCGAGGCCGGCGGGGUUGCCCCACGGCGGCGGGGGGCUGCAGCGAGCCAAAGCGCGGACGGGAAGGCACCGGGCCCGCUGCCGGACGCUCCCGCGCGCGCGGCAGGCGCGUGGCUGUACCCGAGCCGUCGGGAGCCUCCCGCUGCUGGAGAAACGCAGCGUAACACACGUUUAGCGUGCCUCCUCCUCCGUCCGCGGGGGAGCUCCUGGCGUGAGCAAAUCGCCUCGUGAGCAGCGCUGCUUCUCCGACUAUUAUUUAAUUUUUUUUUUCUUAAAAUCGGUGAUGUCAUUUCUACCUCCCCCCCGUCUGGUUAUACCCGAUCUCUGCCUGGUCGAUACCCCUGUUGCCUGAUCAGGUCUCCCCUCCUGGCAGCCGUUUUACUGAGCGACGGGCGUUUCUUCCGCGAUGGCGGAAAAGGCCAAAAGAGCCCGGACUGCAUCCCGUUUUCCCUGAGCGGCCACCCACCAGCGGGCUUCCCCGUGGGGGCGCCGGGAUGCAAACUGGGAAUUAAGCGGCGCUUGCAGCAACGGCUGUGGCCUCUCCGCCCUCCUCUUCCCCGCGGCCGCUUCGAGCCAGGCGGCUGGAGAGGGGCGCAUCCGAGGGGUCCGGUUCUGGGCUUGUUCCCCGUGCCCCCCAACUGCUUUCCCACGCUGCCCAUCAGGCUGCUUCAUGGGACCAGAGCUGGGAGGCGCCCUGUAUUUUUAUAUACAGAGACGGGUAUGUUUGACAGGGACAGCAGGAACUUGCAUUGACAUGGAAAGUAUUUUGGUUUUUUUUGAAUAAAUCAUUUUUCUUUCUUUCCUUUUUUUUUUUAAUAAGCUUGUUGCUUGAUUGUGUUUCUGUUGGGAGUGCUUCCAAAAUGGGUGCGUGCCCAAGAGUGUCUCUAGGCGUUAGGUCUGGCCUGCCGUGAAAUGAUGGUGUUUGAGAAGGUGCAUAAGCAAGGAGGUACUAAAACUCUCCCAGCUGGUUACCUGGGAAAUCAGAGCCCCUUUUAAUAAAAUUU